AUGAGUCGGUUUAUCCUUCAACUCAAGAAGGCCUGCUCCGAGGCCCUUCAAACGGCUCAGGAAAUGGUGAAGAGGAUCACUGACGAGAAAGAAGCUCUGGAGGUGGCCCUUGAAGAGCAAGAGCAGGCGCACGCCUGCCGCAUCAGGAACUUUCAACUGCUGGAAUCUAACGUGGCAAAUGCCGUCAAGCAGGCUCGCGCCUACAAGGCCGACAAGUCCGAGCUCAAAUGCAAGCUGCAACGCCUAUCGCAGGAAGAGAGGAUCCGAGCGGAUGCGAAGCAUCCUGUCUUUCUUAACGGAAGUCUUCAGCACGCCGCCAGAUACCUCUACACUGAUCAAACCUGGCGCGCUGCAGAAUGCCAAGUGACAUGCCGCAUUGAUUGGCGACUGGAAAAGGACCGUUAUCUCAGGUUGAAGCACGUGAUCAACAGAAAAGUUGGACAGCUCCUCAAACUGCAAAAACUCGCGAAAUCUGCAGCUGCUGCCAACAGGUGCCCUCUGUACUAG